AGGUUCACAAGAAAUUUAAUCUUAGAUAAGAUAGAAUGCUAUCUUAUUUUAUCUUAUCUAUUUGCAGACAGAAUCAAAAUUUUCCAAAUCCUUGGAUGCUCCUUAUCUGUCCAUCCUUCAAAUGAUUUUUCAAGUUCUAUAAGUAUUGGCAUGUCCGGAGUCAGAAUAAUUUUUUCGUCGAACAAUUUUAUUCAAUAGUUUUUGGCUGGUAGGUGGGUUUCGAAGUGCAGCUGAAGUAAUAAUAAUUUCACCGUUCAGAGUACAUUACAAGGAGGGUAGACGAAAACUAUAGAAGGCCAUUAUUUUACAGGCACAAGUGUAUAAUACCCAAAAAUGGAUAGCAAGAAUAUGUUGGAUGCUGCACGCACUGGAAAUCUCGAGGUUCUUAAAUUUUUUCUUGAAGAAAACCCGUCAAUUCUUGCUGAUUUAAGACUAAUAUCGCCCACAGAAUCUCUUCUACAUGUUGCAACCAAAGCCGGGCAGCUUAAUUUUGUGCAUGAACUAAUGGAACUUGAUCCUGAAAUUGCUGAAGAGUUGAACAAGGAUGGUUUUAGGCCUCUGGAUAUUGCUGUAAUAAUGGGAAACUUGUCGAUAGUAAAGGAACUUGUGAAGGCAAAUAGCAAACUAUGUCGGCUCAAAGGAAAAGACCAAAGAACAGCUCUUCAUUAUGCUGCUAUCAAGGGGAGAAUUGAUAUUAUUGAUGAAUUGUUGUCUACGUGUCCAGAUUCUAUUCAAGAUAUUACAGGUCAUGGGGAGACUUCGCUUCACCUUUCUGUUAAAAAUUACCAGUUUGAUGCAUUUAGUAUGUUAAUCAAGUGGCUGGAGAGACUUGGCAUGGAAUCAGUUGUAAAUUGGGAGGAUUGUGAUGGGAACAUUGUAAUGCACAUUGCAGUUCUUACAAAACAACAUGCGGUCAUAGAACUACUCCUUAACAGAAACAGCAUCAGAGAGACAAUAAAUGUCAAUUCGACAAAUGCCAAAGGUUUGACAGUACUAGAUAUAUUGGACAUUGUUAUUGAAAAUUCUUAUGAUGUCCGGAUCAGAGAAAUUCUACAAGCAGCAGGAGCAGUUAGAGCACAAGAUGGUUUUACUAUCAGAACAGAAAAUUCACCAAAAACCAAACCAAUCAAACAGCUGGAAGAUCCUCUGCCUUCGACAGAUUGGUUCAAAUAUUUUAAAUUUCAGAAGCAAAGAGAUUCACCUAGCGAUACCCGAAAUGCACUAUUAGUUGUGGCAGCACUGAUUGCCACGGUGUCCUUUCAAGCCGGCGUAACUCCUCCGGAAGGGAUCCUGGAUAAAAAUUCAGAUAAACAAGCUCCCAUUGGCUCAGGAUAUCCACCGCCAGGCCCACCCCCUUACUUUAACCCAGCUGGGACAACUUUGCUUGCUGGUGCUGCAGGAAUUUUAGGGUCUCAGGCCACUGCACAAUUGUUCUUGUUUGCCAACUCUUUAGGUCUCACUGCAUCAGUAUGCAUCAUAAUAUAUCUCACAGGAGGGUUUCCAUUUCAAAGGGAACUUCACAUAUCCUUAUAUUCUAUGAUCUUCACUUAUGGUUUCGCAAUCAGUGCUAUACUCGAAGGAACCAAUGCGGAAACCAAAGCUGUUGCAUACAUCUUGUUAACAAUUGCCUUCGUUUUGCCAUUUGCACAGCGAUGGCUGCCAAGGUGGGGAAGAAAAGCUUGGAAGCAUUGGAAACAAAAGAGCAUGCACAAUUAAAAGGCCUGCCUGUUGAGAAAUAAACUUGAUUUAGACUAAUUAGUUGUUUGUUUCAUGUUUGUUAUUUUUAUUAUUAAGUGAGCCUAUGAAUCCAAUAGUCUAUAUUCUAAAAUGUACUGUAUUAGUGAGGUAGUUAGUGCAUAUUAGUACCCAACUGGGAUAUUCAUUUAUUAAGGUUGUAGGGAAAUUUGCGUGGAAGAAUCUAUUGAACGCUAUAUAGAUGAUCUCUUAUGUUUUGUAACAGGCUAACAAGUCAAUUAAGUAAUUUUUAUGUUGAGAUAA